AGAUCAUGACUGUGGAGGAGGAGAUUUGAAUAACCGUAGCUGAAAAGAAACCCAACUCGUGCACUUUGAGGAGGAGGAGAGGAUUAGUCUGAGGUGCUGCCACACCCUGCCUACGGGAUCCCAGAUGGAGGUGGAUGCGGUUGAGAAGCGUCAUCGAACGCGUUCCAAAGGAGUACGAGUUCCUGUGGAGCCAGCCGCUCAGGAGCAGUUCAGCUGUCCCACACCUGGCUGCGAUGGGAGCGGACACGUCAGCGGCAAGUACGCCAGACACCGAAGCGUCUAUGGCUGCCCCCUGGCGAAAAAGAGGAAGAGCCUGGAGAAGCAACCCCAGGAGCCGGCUGCCAAGAGGAGACCCUUCCUAAGCCCCCCAGAGGAGGAGUGCACCAUCUACUCCAGCUACCAGCCUGAACCCAUGGAGGUGGGGGAGGAGAAGGAGCAGGGGGAGGUGGAGGGGGAGGUGGAGGAGGAGGAGGAGGAGGAAGAAGUGGAGAGGGAGGGGGAGGAUGAAGGAGAGGAGGCUGAGGAGGAGGAAGCAUUCUCCGAGGAUAACGAGGAGCAAGUGGAGGAGGAAGAGGAAGGGGAGGAAGAGGAGGAGGAAGACGAGGAGGAGGAGGGAGGAAUUGCUAUACAGGAAGGGGCGGUGGAGGCGGGCCAGGUGGAGGAGGUGGCAGAGGAGGACGAGGAGGCAGAGGACGGGGAUGACGAAGAGCAGGAGGAAGAGGAGGAGCAAGAGGAGGAGGAGGGAGAGGACGACGAGCGCGAAGAAGAGGAGGAAGAUGAAGACGAGGAGGAGGAGGAGAGUCGUGAGCAAGUAAGGACUGAAAGGUCUAUCCUUCCUCUCCUGACAUUAGAGAACCGCUACAAAAAUGGUGGCCAAUCAAAGCUCCAGAUGGCGCAGAAGGACAACAACAACCCCGGCGGCGGGGGAGCGGGUGGAGUCAACGCAAACGGGGAGGACUACGAGAACUACGACGAGCUGGUGGCCAAAUCCCUCCUCAACCUGGGCAAGAUCGCCGAGGACGCUGCCUACCAGGCCAUGACGGAGUCGGAGAUGAACAGCAACUCCUCCAACAGCGCCGGGGAGGACGAGGACGAGGACGACGAGGAGGGCGGCGAGCGCUGCGGCCGCCAGGGGGAGCUGAGCGUGGACCUGGACAGCGACGUGGUUAGGGAGACGGUGGACUCUCUCAAGCUGCUGGCGCAGGGCCACGGCGCUGUGCUGCCGGAGGAAGGCUACCCGGAAGACGGCGCCGCCGCGGACGACGUCGGACGCGGCAACGGCCGUCCCGGCGGGGGUGCCAGAGGUCAGGGGGAGGAGAGCGAGGAGGAGGUGUGUCUCAGCAGCCUGGAGUGUCUGAGGAACCAGUGCUUUGACCUGGCCCGCAAGCUGAGCGAGACCCAGCCGUCGGAUCGCCCUGGCCAGCCUGCCCACCACCUCCAGCCCAACUCCGAGCACCACCACCAUCAGCACCACCACCACCACCAGCCGCAGCUGCAGCAGCAGCAGCAGCAGCAGCAGCUGCCAGCCCAGCUCCAGGCCCUCCACCUGCCCAGGUACGAGAGUUGCCAGCAGGCUCAACCAGAGGAGGCCCGCUCCCUGGAGCGCAGCUACUCGGACAUGGUCAACCUGAUGAAGCUGGAGGAGCAGCUGAGCCCGGCCUCCAGAGGCUACCCAGCCAGCUGCUCCCGGGACGGGGACGAGGACACCACGUCUGUGGCCUCCGACCGGUCGGACGAGGCCUUCGACAUGACCAAGGGCAACCUGUCCCUGCUGGAGAAGGCCAUCGCCCUGGAGUCUGAGAGAGCCAAGGUCAUGAGGGACAGGAUGGCCUCGGAGCACAGCACGGGCCGCAGGGAGCACCACCGUCACGGUCACGGGGAGCACAGCCCCCGGCAGAGCAGCGGGGCGGAGGAACGCAAGUCCAGAAUGCACCAUGAUGGGUCAAAGAGAGCAUACUACCCUAAAGAUUCCUCCAGGGGGGAAAAGAAGGAGAGCAAGUGCCCCACCCCAGGGUGUGAUGGGACAGGCCACGUCACGGGCCUCUACCCCCACCACAGGAGCCUGUCUGGCUGUCCCCACAAGGACAGGGUGCCACCGGAGAUUCUUGCUAUGUAUGAAAAUGUUCUAAAGUGUCCUACUCCUGGCUGUUCUGGGCGGGGCCAUGUCAAUAGCAACAGGAACUCCCACCGCAGCCUCUCGGGGUGUCCCAUCGCCGCCGCGGAGAAGAUGGCCAAGGUCCACGAGAAGAGCCACCCGUCGUGUGAGACGUCCAAGUCCAGCCAGGGUUCUGACCGCGUGCUGAGGCCAAUGUGCUUUGUGAAACAGCUGGAGAUCCCACAGUACGGUUACAAAAAUAACGUCUCCACCAGCACGCCACGCUCUAACCUGGCCAAGGAGCUGGAGAAGUACUCCAAGACCAGCUUCGACUACGGGGGCUUUGACGGCCCGCACCCCGUCUACGGGAAGAGAGGCCUGGCGCCCAAGGGACACGGACGGGAGCCCUCGCCCAAGGGAUACGAUGCCAAGCGUUACUGUAAGAACGCCAGCCCGGCCAGCAGCACGACGAGCAGCUACGCUCCGAGCAGCAGCAGUGUGAGCUGUGGAGGGGGAGGGGGCGGGAGCAGCGCCAGCAGCACCUGCAGCAAGAGCAGCUUCGACUACACGCACGACAUGGAGGCCGCCCACAUGGCCGCCACCGCCAUCCUCAACCUGUCCACGCGCUGCCGCGAGAUGCCCCACGGGCUGGGAGGCAAGCCCCAGGACCUCCUCUCGCAGAGUCCCGAUGGGGAAAUGGAUGACAGCAGCACUUUGGACUUGAGCUUGAGCCGACAGCCAGGGGGUCCGGAGGGCAGUGGUACGGUCCUGACGCCCCUGCAGCCCAUGUCCCCACAGCGCCAGGCCCUGCUCAACAGCAGGUGCUAUCAGAUGAAUGAGCCUGACUGCUGGGACCUGCCCGUGGACUACACCAAAAUCAAACGCAUCAACGAAGAUGACCACAAAGAGUCUGUGUAUUUCUCGCCCCAGACCGACGAGCUGGACCCGUUCCAGGACCUCUUGGAUGAGCAGCACUACCCAGGGGAGGUCACGAUCCCCAGCCCCAAACACAAGUACGCCCCCUGCAAGGAGAGCAAGAAAGAGCUCCUCUCUCUCUCCAGCUGCCAGCUAGCAGACAAAAACAUCCGCGGUAUGAUGACAACCAACUCUCAAGACCUCAAGUGUCCCACUCCUGGCUGUGACGGGUCAGGACACAUCACUGGGAACUACGCCUCACACAGGAGACCUUUCCCCUCCAGUCUGUCAGGUUGUCCACGGGCGAAGAAAAGCGGGAUCAAGAUACUGCACAGCAAGGAGGACAAGGACGACCAGGAGCCAAUCAGGUGUCCCGUCCCCGGCUGCGAUGGACAGGGUCACGUGACGGGCAAGUACGCGUCCCACCGCAGUGCGUCGGGCUGCCCCCUGGCGGCCAAGAGGCAGAAGGACGGCUACGUCAACGGCUCCCAGUUUGCCUGGAAGACGGGGAAGACGGACGGCAUGUCGUGCCCGACCCCGGGCUGCGACGGGUCGGGCCACGUCAGCGGCAGCUUCCUGACCCAUCGGAGUCUAUCAGGCUGCCCACGAGCCACAUCUGCCAUGAAGAAAGCCAGAAUGAGUGGUGUAGAAAUGUUGACAAUCAAGCAACGGGCGAGCAAAGGAAUAGAGAACGAUGAGGAAAUCAAACAGCUGGAUGAAGAAAUCAAAGAUUUAAACGAGUCAAACAAUCAAGUGGAAUCAGAUAUGAUCAAACUUAGAACACAAGUCCACCAGAUCACCACCAUGGAGACCAACCUCAAGUCUAUAGAAGAGGAGAACAAAGUAAUUGAGCAGCAGAAUGACUCUCUACUGCACGAGCUGGCCAACCUUAGCCAGUCCCUCAUCAACAGCUUAGCCAACAUCCAGCUCCCACAUAUGAAACCGGUGCCACAGAAAGAGGCCCCAGUUAAACAUAACUGCUGUUUACAGAUGCCCCACAGAGAACCAAUGAAUGAACAGAACUUUGACACUUAUGUGAGUACUUUAACAGACAUGUACACCCAUCAGGACCAAUACCAGAGUCCAGAGAACAAAGCUCUGCUGGAAAACAUCAAACAAGCAGUGCAAGGCAUCCAAGUGUAGCCGUCCAGCCUGCAGUCUAAGGCCCUUGGCCAAACCAAGAGAUGUUAAAGCAAAAAAGAGGAAAUGGAUUAUGAUUUUGCUGCUGUAAUUUACUGUAGUAUUUCUUUUAAAUUAAUUUAUUAUGCUGUUGCGCUCUGAGCUCCAUGUUUAUUCUUGUUUUGAUUAUUUUUGGCCAUGCUUAAAAAACAGUCAUUUAUGACAGAAGUUUCAAAGAACAUUCACGUUUUGUACAUUUUCAUAUGACCUUAUAUAAUGUGAUGUAAUGUUUAUAGCUGCUAAUGUAUGCACAUUCUAGUGUAUAUGUAUUUAUUAAUUGUAAGCUUGAAUCAUUCAUUAUUUUAAUGCUUAUUGACAAAAUAACAAAACUGAAUGCUACAGGUUUGAUAAAGAGGUGAGCUGAAGGGGAUUUGAGAAGCAUCAUUUUUAGAUCAGCUUCUCUCAGUGGAUGUGUAACACUUUUGGUGUGCGGAUUGUUUAAUGGGUGUAAAUUUAUCAAUUUUUGUAACAAUGUUUGAAAACUAUGUCUUCAGUGGUCAGUGUGGACACAAAUAAUUAUGUCUAUGUGUAAAUGAAGUAUGGGAAGACAAUGCGUAAACAUGAAGAUUUCAAACAUCAUGACACGGAAACUUAAUGGUGCAAAUCCCAUCAUCCAGAAUGGACUACUUCAUCAGUUUAAAAACUUUUAGUCUUCUGUGUUAUCAAAAUAAAACAUGUUUCAUUCAAACACAGAGGAAAUGAGAAAUGGCUACUGAAAUUGUAGGAGACAAUCUAGCAUUACAAAUUUAUUUUGAUCGUAAAUCUUAAAUAGAUAGUAGGUGAACUUAUCAGCAAUAUUGGUAUAAUAACAAUUAAAUCACUUCUUUAGAUAUGGGAUGCAAUCUAUAUAGAAUUGUUUGGGUAUAUGCAAUUUCUUAUGAAUAAAAUUAGCAAAGAGCUGAUAGAUCUUUUUACUAAAUGUAAAUGUAUUAAGUUUUGUAUAAAUCUUUUAAUACAAUCAUGUUUUAGGAAUUCAACAUGGGUGAUUGGUUCCAAAAUGAAAGAUGUAUAUGAGUUUCCUUCUCUCAUGUUAGAUUUUUGCACAGGGACACCCUUGUUUCCAUGUUUUGAUGUUUUUAUUGACGCUCUAAGAGGUACUUGAACGCUUCAGAUGAUGGCCAGAGGUUUUGUAGAUAUGUUCUCUUUCUAAUGGCUAGUGAUACACUGGAUUUACAGGGUCUAUGUCCCCAUGCAUCAUAGUAUAUUGCACUUGUUCAGUAGAAUUGUCUUUGCAAUCAUGCAUCUAAGUGUUUGAGCCACAAGAUAUGAUAUGAGCUUAAGAGCGCUUUUGUUAAUCUGUCAUAAAAGAUUUACUUGACUGGGGGCAAUUCAAGUCGUUAAACAUGGCUGAACAAUGACAUAGUCAGUGGCCAAUGUGUGGCCAUCAUUUUAUAUAAGACAUCCUCUGCAAAUGUAUCCAUAGCACUUAAGAAAGCAUUAUAAUGUGAAUGUCAUUGUCAGCCCCUGUAUAAUGCUUAUACUUUUAUAACAUCAGAAAUUUACCCUUAAACAUUAGUAACUGAAUAUCUUACCCAAAUUGGCAUUUUAACGUGACUAACAGUUGCUUAAGAGGACACUAAUAAUGGAUUAUACAUGUGUUUUAAUACAAUUUAUCAUGCAUGCACUUCAUUGGAGUAUGUCAAAAUUUUAUCCGUGGGUAAAUAACAAGGAUGAUUUGCAGCAAAGGACAUGUAGCUUUUGUGUGAGGCGAACAUGUGGCACCCAGCAGACUGAAGUGUGUGUGUGUGUGUGUGUGUGCGUGUGUGUGUGUGUGUGUGUGUCGGGGAGAGCAGACGU